GGCGCCGCCGUGGUGGUUUCCCUCCGGGCCCACCGUCCCACGCACGCUUUAUUACCUGCCCUGCCCCGCGGUCGAUCCCCGGCUCCCCGUCCUCCUCCCCGACGAAGCGAAUAGGCCGGCCCCAACGCGCCGCCGCCCAACCCAGCUCGCCCUCCCCGUCCGGCCGCCCCCCCUCGCCGUAAUGUCAAGGUCCUGCGAGCCACGAAAACCGGACUGGGGUUUCCAGCUGAACCCACACGCCGCUCCCUUCGUUCCGUCCUCGACGCCCAGCUUCGCAUUCGCAGCUGCAUCCGAGACGCUCAACCAGACGACCGGCUCCCAGAACAAGACCGGCAGCACGACCGACGACGAGGCCACUCCUGACAAGUCCGCCGACGCCGAGUACCAUCUCCCGGACUCGCUGUCUCUGGAUUUCCACGCGGAGAGCCUGCUGGCAAAGCCCAGCGUGUCCGCCGAGCCUCUGUCUCUCUCCAGAGCGGAGGCCGCCGCCGCCGCUGCUGCUACGGCGCCCGACUCGUCGGUACGUUUGGGCGGUGGUUCGGGUGUUCAUCACCUCCCCGGCGCCGUGUCGUGUCUCUCCCACAUGUUCCCCGACGUGUCCGUCGACUUCAUCGUCCACGCGCUCAGGCUCCAGGAGUUCGACUUCGAUUUUACCGUCGACAUGCUUUCUCACUUGUGUGAAGCCUAUGGUUAUGGCCAUUCUGCUGAAUGACAAGCGCCAGUAUCGAGGCAUCCAGAAGCCUUCUCUACCAACUUGCAAGAUAGAUGACUGCCGAGAUAUUGGAUGUAGCUCCUCUGAAAGCAAAAAGAGACUGUAUGUGCCCAGUACCCACUAGAGUAAGAAACUGUUGCUGCCGCACGAGGACUGGUGUUGUAAAUAUAACUAGUGUUGGAUGAGUCGAUGAUGAUAUCCUGACUAAAAAAUUAAUAUGUUGAGAUAGUUGAUCGAUCGA